AUGAGAGGUAGGGUCAGUGAGCAACGGCAACAGGAAAUUGAUCGUCUUCGUCAAAAGCGACUGUUGGCCCUCCCUAGAGGGGUUGUUCCUGCAAAGCCUUAUCUGGUAGGUUUCGGUGCUGGUCAAGCUCCACGCCAUUCACGAGCUGAGUACUUUGAUGCCAUGUCGAGGACAGAUAUGCUCAACGUUUUGUCGUUCUGCGAUCAGCUGAAACCCAAUCUCCUGGCUGACGUUCUUAUUUCUGUCUCAAAGCGACAUCCUGACCUACCAAUGUUUGACUCGCCCGAAUGGGAGAGUCAAUUAUUGAACACUUCUCGAUCUAUCAAAACAUCAAAACACGAUGAAAAGCCUCGACACGGCCAUGUGCUUUUCAACAAGACGGCGAAGCAUAGGCAAAGGACAACAAAGAAGAUUCUAAAACGUACUCGUGUCAUUGAGGUCAUUACAAGUGCCCCCGAAGAGGACAACGUGAAUGUCCUGCCACCCACUUGGGCAAAAGCUGGGGAGGGACUUUACUCUAAACUCCUGCCCGAGACAGAAGACAGGUCAAUUCUCAUGGACGACAACGAUGAAGAAUCGUUCAGUCAUUUUUUGGUAGACAGGGCUGGGCGUCAAAUUAUGGAGCCUGUGGGCGCUUAA